AUGGCCUUCACCAUGCUGAGACCGGUCCGGCAUUUUUACCCGGACAUCAGUCUCCACUCCGACGAUGAUGCGAAUGAGAGCGAAGGUUCCGACCAGUCCUUGGACUGUUGCGGCGGUUCGGGCAAACGGAGGAGGUUGGCCUGUGCCAAGAGCACCAUGGUGGUGAAGCACCGACAAGCGGCUAACGCCAGGGAGAGGGACAGGACUCACAGCGUGAACACAGCUUUCAGCGCCCUCAGGACCCUCAUCCCCACCGAACCCGCCGACAGGAAACUCUCCAAAAUCGAGACCCUCCGCCUGGCCUCCAGCUACAUCUCCCACCUGGGGAACAUCCUGCUGGUGGGAGAGGAGUGUGUGGAUGGCCAGCCGUGCCUGACCACCGUCUACAGCAGCCAGAAUGAGUAUGAGGGCUCGCAGCCCAGGUCCAUCUGCACCUUCUGUCUGAGCAACCAGAGGAAAGGGGUUAAGGAGAAGGACGGGAAGAGCGGGUAUUCCAAGCUCAGGGCACCGGGCACCUUGCGGAUGCAGCGCCAGUGAGCGAGAGAGACAGCGGCUGAGAGAGUGAGGGAGAUUUUCACCCAGUCCGCGGACCAGGCUGCAAUCUGAAGGGGAGGUGACAAACAGGGACUGGCAGCAAACCCAAGACACGACGGUAAACCUUCUGCUCGGUGCACGGACACAGCCUGGGACACCCUGUGCUCCCCAAAACCCCCGCCCCGACCUUCGUUCGCACUUCGAAAAACCUCGAACCACAAACUUUUAGUUUUUUGGAAUUAAAUGCUCCAAUCUUGCUACACUCCACAGACUAUACAGAGUGAGAAGCUAGUGUUCAAGGCGUUACAGAGAGAGAGAGAGAGACAGAGUGUGACACUUUAUGCUGAAGUCUAUCUCCAUUUGGGGAGAUCUGGCCUUUUCUAAGUUGUUAUGUUGUUAUAUCUGCUGUAAUUUUUUAUAAAAAAAAACUAACCAAAAUGUGAAAAAUAAAGGAGAAAUAAGUUCUG